CCACUGCCUAAGACUCUCACAGUAUCCUGGCGACGAAGCCGCACGCUCUACCCAACACCUGCUACAUCAGUCACGACCAUCCACAAUGCUGAGCAACCCGGCCAGCAAGGCCGCUCUGCGCGCCAGCACCACCACGAACACCAUUCCGAAAGUCGCUGCUCGCACCCUCUCCACCACCACUCCUGCUCAGGCUGUCUCCCAGGAUGGCCAGCAGAAGCGUGGAAUGGCCACUGUGCAGGAUGCACCACCAGUCCACAGACACGGCGGCCUCAAGGACCAAGACCGCAUCUUCACCAACCUGUAUGGACACCAUGGCGCAGACUUGAAAAGCGCCAUGAAGUAUGGAGAUUGGCACAAGACGAAGGAGAUACUUGACAAAGGCCAUGACUGGAUCAUAUCCGAGAUCAAGGCGUCUGGUUUACGAGGACGAGGAGGUGCUGGUUUCCCGUCUGGCAUGAAGUGGAGCUUCAUGAACCCCAAAGGCUGGGAUGAGGACACCAAGCCGCGAUAUCUGGUCGUCAACGCAGACGAGGGCGAGCCAGGCACGUGCAAGGACCGCGAGAUCAUGCGCAAAGACCCUCACAAGCUCAUCGAGGGAUGUCUCGUGGCGGGACGUGCAAUGAACUGCACAGCUGCGUACAUCUAUAUUCGUGGCGAAUUCUACCACGAGGCCACUGUUCUGCAGCGUGCCAUUCAAGAAGCAUACCAAGCUGGAUUCCUUGGUGAGAAUGCCUGUGGAUCGGGCUACAAUUUCGAUGUCUUCCUUCACCGUGGCAUGGGUGCCUAUGUCUGUGGCGAGGAGACCUCGCUCAUUGAAUCGCUUGAAGGCAAGCCGGGAAAGCCGCGCCUGAAGCCCCCGUUCCCAGCUGCUGUUGGUCUUUUCGGGUGCCCUUCCACUGUUGCCAACGUCGAAACCAUUGCUGUCGCUCCUACCAUCAUCCGACGUGGUGCUAGCUGGUUCAGCUCUUUCGGACGCGAGCGCAACGCUGGAACCAAGCUUUUCUGUAUUUCUGGCCACGUCAACAAUCCCUGCACGGUCGAGGAGGAGAUGUCCAUUCCUCUACGGGAACUUAUUGACAAGCACUGCGGUGGCGUCCGUGGCGGCUGGGACAAUCUCAAGGCCGUCAUUCCUGGAGGAUCCUCAACACCAAUUUUGCCUCGAAAGAUCUGCGAUGAUCAGCUGAUGGACUUUGACGCGCUGAAGGACUCACAAUCUGGUCUCGGAACAGCAGCGGUUAUUGUCAUGGACCAGAGCACAGAUGUUGUCCGCGCCAUCUCACGUCUGUCCAAAUUCUAUCACCACGAGUCGUGCGGUCAAUGUACGCCAUGCCGUGAGGGCAGCAAAUGGACUGAGCAGAUCAUGCAGCGAUUUGAAAAGGGACAAGCACGAGCGCGUGAGAUUGAUAUGAUGCAAGAGCUGACCAAGCAAGUUGAGGGCCACACCAUCUGUGCAUUGGGCGAGGCUUUCGCGUGGCCAAUCCAAGGCCUGAUCCGUCAUUUCAGGCCUGAGCUGGAGGCGCGGAUAGCAGAUCACGCAAAGAAGACUGGCGGCGAGGCGCUUGCGGGUGGUUGGCAGCACGACGCUGUGAAGAAGGGUAUGCUCAUCGCGCCUGGUCAAUAGAAAGACUGUCAAGUGGAGGAAGUGAGGAAGUAAGUAUUGCGUGCCUGCAUAAAUCAGCGUUAAAGGAGUUUCUUUCCCUGCAUCUGUACAUAUUCUCUUGUGUCGUGUGGCGCCAAACCGGUCAAUGCGAGAGGAUACAUAUUACGCUCAGCAGUGAUGCCCAGUGGGAUUGUUCGAUAAGUACAUGUAUGCGUUUAUAACCCAUAGCCACAGUGUAAUACGGCACGCCGACAAG